ACCUACUUCUAAUAAUUUCCUUUUUUUUCUUCCUUCUAUUAUGGCUAAGUUUUUUUUAUCCUAUGGUUAUAAUCUUAUUAUUUUCUUUAUUAUUAGUCAUUUAAUGUCCAUUUUAGGAAAGUUAAAUCCAUGGAAUCCUUCAAUUCCUUAUGAAAUUCUUUCACUUAAUAUUUCAUCAAAACUUAGCACAAAUGCUCAUGCUAUUAAAGAAUCUUCCAAAGAUUUUGGAAAAAUUAUUCAAGAAAUAUUACCAGCUGCUGUUCUUUAUCCUUCUUGUGUUAAUGACAUAAUUGACCUCAUUCAAUUUUCUCAUGACCUUUCUGUCCCUUUUCAUGUAGCAGCCAAAGGUCAUGGACAUUCCAUUAGGGGACAAGCCAUGGCAAAAAAUGGGGUAAUUGUGGAAAUGAGUUCUUUAAAUAAUAAUAUUAAUAAUAAUGAGAAUUGUGGUGUUAGGGUUUCUUGGGAUUCGGGUUUAGGGUUUUACGCGGAUGUUGGAGGUGAACAAUUAUGGAUUGAUGUUCUUCGUAGCACCCUAGAGUAUGGCCUAGCACCUGUUUCGUGGACAGAUUAUUUGUACCUAACCGUUGGUGGUACUCUCUCUAAUGCUGGAAUUAGUGGUCAAACUUUCCGAUAUGGUCCUCAAAUAAGUAACGUUCAUGAGAUGGAUGUUAUCACAGGUAAAGGGGAAUUAGUGACUUGCUCCAAAGAUAUGAAUUCAGAAUUGUUUUUUGGAGUUUUAGGAGGUUUAGGACAGUUUGGAAUAAUAACAAGAGCAAGAAUUGUCUUGGAUAAAGCACCAACAAGAGUGAAAUGGGUGAGAAUGUUGUAUGAUGAUUUCUCAAAAUUCACAAAAGAUCAAGAACAUCUUAUUUCAAUUCAUCAUAAUGGAUUGGAUUAUGUUGAAGGCUCUCUAAUGAUGGAACAAAGCUCUCUAAAUAAUUGGAGAUCUUCAUUUUUUUCACCUUCCAAUCAAACCGAAAUUGCUUCAUUAUUAUCCAAAAAUAAAAUUAUGUAUUGCUUGGAAAUAGUGAAGUACUAUGAUGACCAAAAUGCUAAUACAAUUGAUGAGGAGUUGAAGAAGUUGGUAAAAGGAUUGAAGUAUUUAGGUGGAUUUAUGUUCAAGAAAGAUGUGAGUUUUGUGGAAUUUUUGAAUAGAGUUAGAAGUGGGGAAUUAGAGUUACAAUCAAAAGGAAAGUGGGAUGUUCCACAUCCAUGGCUCAAUUUGUUUGUACCAAAGUCUUCUAUCAUGCAUUUUCAUGCUGCUGUUUUUGUGGACAUAAUCCUCAGACAAAACAAGACAACUGGACCCAUACUUGUCUACCCAACAAGUAGGAAAAGAUGGGAUGAUAGGAUGUCAACAAUGAUACCAGAAGAGGAGACAUUUUAUUGUGUGGGACUUUUACAUUCUUCAAGUGGAUAUAAAGAAUGCAAGAUUUUGGAUAAUCAAAAUGAAGAAAUAUUAAAUUAUUGUGAUAAAGUUGGCCUCAAUAUAAAGCAAUAUCUUCCACAUUACAAGACAAAAGAGGAUUGGAUCAAACAUUUUGGUAAAAAAUGGAAUAUUUUUCAACAAAGAAAAGAUCUAUUUGAUCCAAAGAUGAUUCUAUCACCAGGACAAAGAAUUUUUAAUUAGCUUUUCACCAAUAAAUGGUAGUAUAUAAGCAUAGGGGAGGGGAGAGGCGGCAGAUAUCUCGUGAAAUCAGUCGAUAUAUAUGUAAUAGCCGGCUCGGACAUCAGAGUUGUUAAAAACAAGCAUAGGGGUAGGGGGGAGGGGGGUUGUCUAGAAAUAGUCAAGUUUUUAAUUGUUUGAGUUGAUGUAUUUUUAUUUUAUUUUAUUUUUGGUGUUUUGAAAGAUAAA